AUGGAGAUGAAGUGGUUAUUGGUUACGCUGGCCAUAGGCCUAGCAGCCUCCGAUAAACUGGAUCAUACCUACCUUCCACCACCAGGUGCUCAAUUUGCUGGAGGUAUUCUUGGAAAUCAAGAUGCUCCAUUGGAACCUCCCCAUCAUACUCAAUCAGGAAUAGGUCAAACCAUCCCAGGAAACGAACAAUACCACACAAGUUUGGGAGUAAAUGGAGAACCUGUGAAUUUCGGUGAUAAGAUACCAAAAGUACCUUUCAAUUUCAUUCAGGAAAAUCUUCCAACUACUACCACUUCAUAUGCAUUUUCCCAGACAACGACCUUUCCACCUACUGAAGGUUUCAAGCCUGGUAACUUACCUAUAAAUCCUGCUACUGGACUUCCAUUCCAGUUGGAUCAAGGAAAUGUUCCUUUUGGAUUUACCCAAGAUCAGCAAAAUGUUCAGCAGUUUCCAGGUCCGAAUCAAAGUAAUAAACCAGAUUAUGGGACUAAUGUACAAACUGGAGUAACUCCCCAAGGAUCGAAUUCCAUCAACUACGACCAACCGCCAGGUUUCAAUCAACCUACAAAACAAAUUUCAGGCCAAUAUCAAGGCCAAAAUUUGGUUAACCCUGGAGGUGUACAAAUACCCGGAUCAAUUACAUUGCCUGUCCAAAACCAAGCCCCAUUACCUAUUGGACAAGGUAAUGCACAACAGAGUUUACUUCCUAUUGGACCCACUAACCAACCAUUCAAUCAAUAUCCAGUACAAAACUUGGACAAUAAUGGAGGCGUUUCAUCCAUCCCUGGUGGUAACCAAGGCUUUGUGCAGUAUCCUAUUCAAGGUCCAACUAAUCAAGGAUUGGUACCAUCAACUGUUUCUCCAAACAAUCUUCAACCAAGUAUUAAUGGCGUUCAGUAUGAUGAAUCUCAAGGGCCACUUCCCCAGGGAACUUACACUGGUCAACCAAUAAAUGUAGGAGAACCUCAACCUACUCAAACCUCGUAUCAAAAUCAGGGACCUUUUAAUAAUGGUGAAGUAUCGCAGUACUCUUCUGAACUUCCUGCCGUAUCUGGACACACAAGGCCAACAUCUACCCCAUCUUAUUACAACGGUAUUGCCAGUACUACUCCACUCCCAACUGUUCCAUCUUCUAAGUCUGGAUAUUCGUCUGUCAAGCCAGUAUACCGCCCAGAAAGGCCUCAAGCUGAAGCUGAUAGAAACGCAGUAAUUCUUAACUAUGAAAAUGUUCGUUCUCCAAACGGUUACUCCUAUAGCUUUGAUACUUCUAACGGAAUUCAUGCUGAUGAAAGUGCUAUUAUUGACAAUGGCACCAAGGCUCAAGGGUCGUAUUCUUACAUUGGUGAUGAUGGAAAGUUAUACAGCGUCUAUUAUACUGCUGAUGAAAACGGUUUCCAACCUCGUGGUGAUCAUUUACCAACUCCGCCACCCAUACCUGAAGCUAUCCAGAGGGUUAUCGAGCAAGCGGCGAAAGAUGAAGCAGCUGGAAUAGUUGAUGACGGUAAGUGUAGAGUAACUUUUAAGAAAAAUACUAGGAAAGUGUUAUGGAUUAAUUGUUCAUACGAUGAAACAAAGUAUGGUGACGAUAAAUACCAAGGAACAUCAACACAUCGUCGACAACAAAACCAGAGCCAGAAAACAAUUACCAAAAAAAUUUACGGACCUAACGAUGAUUUGAUAAAGCCUAUAACUGGAAUAAAAGACACAGAGUACGAUGAAGGUUCCCAGAAUCAAUUCGAUAUUCCAGUGAGUGGAACUAAGAAAAGUUCUGAUAAUAACUUGACAAUGAAAGGUCCAUCUAACAAAGUUAUUGCUACAAACAGUGGUGAAAAUCAAGGCAUCGUAAGGAUUACAGAAAAUUCUCGUAAACCGAUACAAGAUUUUGAUGGGAACAGCAGGCUCGUUGAAGAACAAAGAACAAUCAAUCGCGUAAAUAACCAAAAUGAUCAAGGAACUACAAGUGGCAACCCUAUGUCAAAUGGAAAAAAUAUACCUUAUGGUGAUGCUAAAGAUGGAAUCAAUAACAAAGGUUCAAAGGCUAACAAUCAAGGUUCUUUAAGACGUCGCCCAACAUCUGAUAAUGAUAAAGAUACUUUAGUAGCUAAAUACCCUGGAGCUAACGUUGAUAUCACUUCUACAAGCUACCCAAAAACUGAAAGUGUCGAUUUCGAAGACAAGUACGGUAAAAAAAUAGUUUCUGGUAAACCUAACUCAUUUGAUGAAUUUGAUGAAAAUAAAGAUUUGGAAUACGAUAGUGUCAUAGGAGCUCCCAAAGUUGAAAACACAAAACAAAAUCCGAGAAAGCGUAUUAACGGUAACCGUCAACCAGGCUUAAACAACCAAAGUGAAAAUCAAAAGUUCCCAAGACGAAACGAUAAACAGGGAAAUACUAAUUUAUCAACAAUUUCAGAUUACAUCGAAAACGCUGCUAAGCAGCCAACUCUACACCAACAGACAACUCACCAAGACAAAGAUGGCUAUCAGUAUCAGCAACCGAGUACGAAAUUCGAACAAAAUACAUUCCCAACUCGUUUCAGGACUCAAGAAAUACCAACUACAAUGAAACCUGAUCAGCGUAAUAUUGAAAAUGUUGAAGGAACCACUCGAAAACCCUUUAUCACCCCAAACAUAUAUGAACAAAAUAAAAAAGUCAGUCCUUCAUCGACUAGAAGACCUUUUAUGACUAAAGAAGUGACAUCACUUUCAGAAAAUGCAUACACUUAUAAAGAUGAUGACUAUGCAACUGAUCAAGAUGUUGACGAUGAAAGAACCAGUUCGACCAAAAGUCCAAUUGAAAAAUCUGGUAUCACCUCACUUUACCAAAUAACUCAAAAAGAAUCAAGGCCUCAAUAUGCUGUAGAAGAUCGAGAAACAGAAAUAAGUCAAAAACUACCUUCAAAGCCUGGUCACAGAGAGAAUUUUGAAAAUACAAAAUCUGUAGCUCCAAGAUAUCCGUACGGACCAACUUCUUCUGUACCAUUGCACAACUCGCGAUUUGGAACAACGAAAGCCCCUCAAAAUACAAAAUCAGAUGAUUUUAGACCGCCCAGUCCUAGUUUCGAGUCCACAACAGCCGUUGGUACGCCUGUAUCGCAGUCAUCUUUGGGUCAAACUAGGCCAGACCCUGCAAAUAAUAGCUAUCAAUCAACUGACCCUAAUUCCAAAUACUUUGACAGUAAUGUUGUAUCUGGUUACCCUACAUCUGGAUAUACCUCCAACCUUGGUACAAAAGCAGGCAACCCUGGCGUGUCAACACCUCAGAAUUAUUACACAUCUACUUUUAGACCUUCUCAGAUCUCCUCUACAACGUCACCUUCAGUUUCUGGAUACCAGCCAGGAUCUGAUGUUCGAUUCCCUGUUACACCUGCUGGAUUGCCUGUUGGACCAACUGGUUCCCCUGUUGGGCCAUCUGGUUUCCCUGUUGGUCCAACUGGAUCUCCUGUAUCUACCCAAGAUAGUGCGUUCCAUGCUGGUUAUCACUAUGGACCACCUAAAUCUGGCAAUCCUUCAUAUGGUCCCGAUGCCGGAUUUUUCACUCCAACUGACAACUCCAGGUCGUCGACUUCACCGACGGGUCCAUAUCAGACUACUUAUCAGGGUUCCGGUGGAUUCCCCAGUACUACAUUAGGACCUUCCGUUGGAGGAAGACAAGAUAACUUUAUUCCAUCUUACUAUGGCUCUACCACAUCUAACCAAUCACCGGUUGUAGAUCCGCAAGGAAAUUUCCGUAACCAACCGUCUACUUCUGAUUACUCCUCUACUAUUACCUCUUCCACUCAAGGAACUCCUGCUACUUAUGAUUUCUCAGGAUUGCCCAACACUCACAAAGGGACAACUAGAUAUGAAAAUGAACCUUCCAGGCCUACUUAUUCAACAACAUACUCACCAUCAACCAUAGGUACUACCCCUGGUCCUUACAACCCAACUGAAGUUACUAUUCCAUCACAGGGAACAACCACUUAUCGUCCCGGAUUCCAGAAAACAGAAAACUUAUAUGUAGGUGGACCUGUUGAUGGAUUUGGAAGACCAAUACCAUCCAAUCAGGGAACUGGACCUGGAUUUAAUUACGCAACUCAAGGAUCGAACAAUGGACCCUAUUUUAGUGGUAAUCAACAGUCUACCGUAAGCCCUGGAGAACAACCGAGGGUCAUCGGUGAAGAUUUUAGUGGUCCCAAACAGCCCCAGAGGUUUGACCCUAAAACUGGUUACCAUUACAAAUGA